UGCUUCCUGGAUGGAAACAAAACGCAGGAGCAGAGCACACACACUCACUCACACACAUACACGCAUACAGGACAGACAGCAGCGAGCUCAAACAUGUUUUAGUUUUUCAGCUGGUGUGUGUGUGUGUGUGAGAGGAGGGGGCGGUACCGGUGGAGUCACAGCAGACCGGAUCAACACAUGUGCCACAGUAGAAGAGCACUGCGGCUGUGGAUCUAGACCCAGGCAGCUCCUACUACACCCAGUGGUCCACAAGCAAAGGAACAUGGAGGCUGUAGCUCCUCUCCGUCUGCAGCAGAAGGGCUAGGAGCAGCCUGAUUCUUCUCCUCCCUGUCUGCAUCGCCCCGCCAUGGCCAGCAGGAGUCCCACCCUGAGCCGGGACACCGGGGAUUCGGCACCGGGAACCCCCGAGGCCGGCGCUGACCCCCAGCCGGGGCCCGAGGCCUUCUGCAAGCUGUGCCUCAGCGAGCAGCCGUCUGCAGCCACCAGGGAACUGAAGAGCUGCAGCUGUGUCUUCUGCACAACGUGUUUGGAGCAGUAUGUUCAGUUGGCCAUCAUGGAGGGUGGGGGGGCACCCAUCACCUGCCCAGAUAUGGCCUGCCAAAAGACUGGAGUGCUACUGGACUCUGAGAUAGCCGGCUUGGCCCCAGAAGAUCAGUCGGAGCUGUAUCAGCGUCUGAAGUUUGAGAGAGGAGUGAAGUUGGACCCCAGUAAAUCCUGGUGCCCGGUUCUUGAAUGCCAGGCGGUGUGCAGUGUGCAGCUGAGCACCGAGGGCCGGCCCACCGCCGUGCCCUGCCCGACCUGUCACGCCGUCUUCUGCUCCGGGUGCAGAGGGCCCUGGCAGGACGGCCAUACCUGUCCUGAGCACCAGCUCAUGAUGUCGCCCUCAUCCUCUCAUGAAAGCAGGGCCCGCUCCAGCAGCGACUCUGACAUGCCCAUCAAACAGUGUCCUAUGUGUGGCAUCUACAUCGAGAGGAACCAGGGCUGUGCACAGAUGCUGUGUAAGAGCUGCAAACACACCUUCUGCUGGUACUGUCUGCAGAAUCUGGAUGGCGAUAUCUUCCUGAGGCAUUAUGAUAAGGGGCCGUGCAGAAACAAGCUGGGACACUCCAGGGCCUCGGUUAUGUGGAACAGGACGCAGGUGGUGGGUAUCCUGGUGGGGGUCAGCAUCAUCGUGCUGGUGACGUCUCCGCUCCUCCUGCUGGCCUCGCCCUGCAUCCUGUGCUGCGUCUGCAAGCCCUGCAGUAACAAGAAAAAGAAGAAGAAGAAGAAGACGAAGAAAGACCUCAGCCAGCCAGACUCCUCCGCGUCAUAGCAGCUCCCCCCCUCUCAUCAGCCCAGCCCCGGGAUCGCUCCACUAAUCUCACCAAGCCCAAGGAAAACCAAGUGCUGCAUGUUGGGAGAGAAUAAAGUUGGAGUAACUAUGGAGUACAUUUUCAUGACUCGACAGACUGGAAGCAUCGGUGGUUCAGUAAUAUCAUCGAGAUCAACAAGUGCAGACUUGCAUCUUAAAGCUCGGUGAGCGAGCUGCUCAGAAAUCACUCAAGAGGAUGUACUUUAUGUGGUGGAAGUAUAAAUAUGAGGAGAAUGAAUGUAACUCACCUUGUUGUUUUCAGACGCACAACAGGUAGUAAGGAGACGGCGGCGGCGGCGGCUGUGAGAGUUUUGCUGGACAGGGCUUUUGUUAUCUCUCUCUCUCUCUCUUGCACACACACACACACGCAGUUCAAAGUGCAACGCCACCCUCAUGUGCCAAACGUCAUGAUGCCAAACCAGAGGUGUUAGGUGCUCAAGUGCCUCGCUCUACAGUGCCUGGUGCUUGGUUGUAUUUGAUUUGCCUUCCAUUCUAUCUUUAUCUUAUGCAAAAAUCUUAGCAUUAUGAAAAUGGACAACCGUCAGGAUCACACAGGGUUAUAAAUCCCUGAACAAUGCAAAACAUUCUUUCAUAAUGGGAGAAAGCAAACGGCGUCACGUGUGCACUGUAUAUUCGGUACUGAUAUGAAAUAUGAUAGGGCUUAUAUGGUGCACAGGGAACUUUUUCUUCUGCAAAUGUUUGUUGUUUCCACCUGGCGUAUGUUUCCAGACCAAAGGCUCUAAAGGAUAAUGUGUACUUUUUCUAAAGUGUGUGUAUUUAUGGGUUAUGUGUGUAUGGUAUCCUGUUAUCAUUUCUACAUUUCUGUUGAUGUUUCUGCAUCAGAUAUUUUAUAAAAGCGCCAUUGUAAUUGAAAUAAACAUACUGUAUUGAACAUGCA